CUCUGACAAUAAAUAGCGAGAGAGUUAAAGUUAGAUCGUCUCUUAUAAUUUGAGGAGAUUUCAUGCUCCAAUCUCUCUUUCCUCCGGGGAAGAUCCACCGUCAAGAUUUCCCGGAAAACUUUCCAGAAAAUCACCAAAAACCCUGUCUUUUUCUUUCACUAUCUUCAUUCCGUCUUACCCUCUUCUCUUCUCCUUCUCUACCGCCGAUUCCCACUUGAAAUUUCUUCUCUUUAUCGUCAGAGUCGACACCCACUUCCUUCCUUCUCUUAAACAUGCUUUCUCUUCAGAGUGAUCCUCGACUGCAGCAGCAAUUUUUACUGCGAGACCUUCAAACUCAGCUGCCUAGGGUUUCACAUGGAAUUAUCGAUCACCCUGUUGAAGAUUCUUACUUUUCUCAUUCUGAAUCUAAUUACAACAAUUCAUCUGCUACCAAGCCUUCGCUCACCUUGGAGCCUCUUCAAGUGGAUGAGGAUGUACUCCUAUCUCAUGCCCAUCAAAAUUACAAAGCAGGAAACUAUAAACAGGCACUGGAGCAUAGCAAUGCUCUAUAUAAUAGGAAGCAUAAUCGUACUGAUAAUCUUCUUCUUAUGGGUGCCAUUUAUUAUCAGUUGCAUGAUUUUGAUAUGUGCAUUGCAAAGAAUGAGGAAGCUCUUCGUAUUGACCCUCAUUUUGCGGAGUGUUAUGGCAACAUGGCAAAUGCUUGGAAGGAAAAGGGUAACAUUGAUCUUUCAAUCCAGUACUACUUGAUUGCCAUUGAGCUUCGUCCUAAAUUUGCGGAUGCAUGGUCCAACUUGGGAAGCGCAUACAUGCGGAAAGGGAGACAUACUGAGGCAGCUCAGUGUUGCCGCCAGGCUCUUGCACUGAAUCCUUGUUUGGUUGAUGCACACAGUAACCUCGGGAACCUGAUGAAAGCUCAAGGCCUAGUUCAAGAAGCAUACAAUUGCUAUUACGAAGCCAUCCGCAUACAACCAUCUUUCGCUAUAGCAUGGUCCAACCUUGCUGGUCUUUUCAUGGAAGCAGGUGAUCUUAGCCGAGCUCUUCAAUAUUAUAAGGAAGCAGUAAGGCUCAAACCAGUUUUUGCAGAUGCCUAUCUUAAUAUGGGGAGUGUUUAUAAGGCACUAGGAAUGUCUCAAGAAGCUAUUGCAUGUUAUCAACGUGCUCUUCAUGCACGACCAGACUUUGCCAUGGCUUUUGGAAAUUUAGCCAGUGUAUAUUAUGAACAAGGUAAACUUGAUAUGACAAUAUUCAACUAUAAGCGAGCCAUUGCUUGCGAUUCUGGGUUCUUGGAGGCAUAUAAUAAUCUGGGAAAUGCCUUUAAAGAUAGUGAAAGGGUUGAAGAUGCAAUACAAUGCUAUCGCCAAUGCAUAACUUUGCAGCCUGGUCAUCCACAAGCACUCACAAAUCUUGGAAACAUCUACAUGGAAUGGAAUAUGUUGCCUGCUGCUGCACAAUGUUAUAAGGCAACUUUAGCUGUGACAACAGGACUCUCGGCUCCUUUCAACAACUUAGCAUUAAUUUACAAACAACAGGGAAACUAUACUGAUGCGAUAUCUUGCUACAAUGAAGUGUUGAGAAUUGAUCCCCUAGCAACUGAUGCACUUGUCAACCGUGGAAACACUUAUAAAGAAUUUGGCCGAGUAAAUGAUGCAAUUCAAGAUUACACGAGGGCUAUCGUCAUAAGGCCAACAAUGGCUGAAGCUCAUGCGAAUUUGGCUUCAGCUUAUAAAGACAGUGGGCUUGUCGAAGCAGCUAUUAAAAGUUAUAAGCAAGCUUUGGCUCUUCGCCCUGAUUUUCCAGAAGCAACCUGUAAUCUUCUGCACACAUUACAGUGUGUGUGCGAUUGGGAUGGGAGAGAUAAUAAGUUUAUUGAAGUGGAAGGAUUAAUUCGGCGUCAGAUAAAGAUGUCAGUUAUUCCUAGUGUGCAGCCAUUCCAUGCAAUAGCUUACCCUAUUGAUUCCAUGCUUGCUCUAGAAAUCAGUCGGAAAUAUGCUGCUCAAUGUUCUAUAGUUGCUUCUCGUUAUACACUUCCUACAUUCAACUAUCCCCCACCAUUGCCCAUAAGGGGAGGUGGUAGAACUGGUCGCCUCAGGGUUGGAUAUGUAAGUAGUGAUUUUGGAAACCAUCCAUUAUCACACCUUAUGGGCUCAGUAUUUGGCAUGCACAAUAGGGAAAAUGUUGAGGUAUUCUGCUUCGCUCUAAGUCCAAAUGAUGGUACAGAGUGGAGGCUGCGUACUCAGUCUGAGGCAGAGCACUUUACUGAUGUGUCCUCCAUGACUUCUGACAUGAUUUCUAGGAUGAUCAAUGAUUGUCAAAUACAAAUCCUUGUCAACCUUAAUGGUUAUACUAAGGGUGCAAGAAAUGAAAUAUUUGCUAUGCAGCCAGCACCCAUCCAGAUUUCUUACAUGGGCUUUCCUGGAACAACUGGAGCAAAUUAUAUUCAUUAUCUUGUUACAGAUGAGUUUGUUUCCCCUAUUCAGUACUCUCAUAUCUAUUCGGAAAAGCUUGUCCAUUUGCCUCAUUGUUACUUUGUAAAUGACUAUAAACAGAAAAAUCAUGAUGUGUUGGAAUCAAAUGGACACCACAAGCGAUCAGAUUAUGGACUGCCUGAGAACAAGUUCUUAUUUGCUUGUUUCAAUCAGUUGUACAAGAUGGACCCAGAAAUUUUCAUGACAUGGUGCAACAUCCUUAAGCGUGUUCCAAACAGUGCACUCUGGCUGCUUAAGUUUCCAGCUGCAGGAGAGAUGAGGCUUCGAGCAUAUGCUGCUGCACAGGGUGUUCAACCUGACCAAAUUAUCUUUACAGAUGUUGCCCUGAAAAGCGAACACAUUAGUCGUAGUGCAUUAGCCGAUCUCUUCCUUGAUACACCUUUGUGCAAUGCACAUACUACUGGUACGGAUAUACUGUGGGCUGGUCUUCCAAUGAUCACUCUCCCUCUCGAGAAGAUGGCAACUAGAGUUGCUGGUUCUCUGUGUCUAGCAACUGGACUUGGCGAAGAGAUGAUUGUCCACAGCAUGAAAGAGUAUGAAGAAAGGGCGGUAUCCUUGGCAUUGAAUCCACAAAAGCUGAAGGAUCUUAGAAGUAGACUCAAAGCAACCCGUUUGACUUGUCCACUAUUUGAUACAGCACGAUGGGUGAGGAACUUGGAGCGAGCAUAUUUUAACAUGUGGAGGCUACACUGCCAUGGUCAGCCACCCCAACAUUUUAAAGUAAGGGAGAAUGAUUCGGAAUUUCCAUAUGAUCAAUGAGACGAGGAAAUGGGAUGGAUUGUGAAUACGUAAGUAAAUGGUUAAGAGAUAUCAUGAGUUUCCGACUGUUAAAUAUCCGACUUGUAUUACUUAUUUAUGGAAAUUGUAGCAUAUAUGGCACACAUACUCUCUAUGACUGAGAAUCUUGUCUAGACAAGAAAACUGCUAUUUACUUGUGGGAGUAAGGAUGAAAUUGAUGUGUAACUUAAAACCAAUAUAUACAAAGUUUGUUAAGAAUGAGGCCAUAUGAUCUUGUUUUA